AUGGGCCGCAAGCCAAAUCAACUCAUUACAGAGUAUUUUGAGCGCGGCCCUAAACUGGAGGACGCGAGCAAUCGAUACCAGCACACUUGCAAGUCCUGCGGAGAGAAGUUUCCCAAGGGUAGAAUUGAUAGCCUCAUAAAUCAUCUAACCAAGAAAUGUCCUGCGCUUCCCGUUAGCGACCGCCAACGAGCACUUUUACAAUUCCAUGAUCUUCCAGAGCUUCCAGAAACCAGACGACCCUCCAUUGCAAUCCAAAAUGGGCUACCUUUUACUCCGAAGCAGAGCAUGUCUGGAUUAGAGGCACUAGCAGAGGUUUCAAGGCAACAAUUGGAUCUCACAGGAAAACAUGUGAGCUCUAGAGGCGGAAAGAAACAACAUUCUCGUAAUACUGGUGAACAUGGUGGAACUCUCCUGGAAGACUUCCUCGUGUCAGACGACUCUAGGUCUGACCUCAACACGAUUGGAGUGACCGAUCGCCACGGUAGGUACACACACCAUAAGGAACAGAAUUUUAAUGCGCAUGGACCAACUCAGCCGCAAGAAACGUUCGCGGAUUUCGGAUUGCAAUUCGAAACUUUGCGGCAGCAUGUCUCCAGUCUACCCCCCUUGUUCCCACAGUCCAACAGUACUCUGACUGCACACGAUUCUCCUCAGCCCUCUGCCCCACCUUUGGGACACAAUGUAGUAUCCACCUCUAGCGUGUCAUCUCCCACUUUGAUGAUGACGGCUUCUGCUGCCCAGAAUCUUAUGCCCGAUCUAACAGACCCCAACGUAGUCCUGUCAGAUAAGUUCAACUUGCCUGCCACAGGUAGACCAUUAUGGACGAACUUGCAGAAUAUAGAUCCAUCUUUAACAGAAACAACGAACCCCGGACCAGUGUCUGUUUCAGAAACACAGUCUAAGGCAGUCACCACGCCAACGCAACUAGGGUCUAAUAUGCUUAAACCUAGUGCUUCACAGACACAUUUCACCACGGACUUCAGCAUCGAUCAAAAGCCUGGGAAACACAAAGUCCGGGGGCGAUUCUCAGAUACGCGACGCAAAGAGGUUCAGGAGGUUAGGAAAAGAGGCGCAUGUAUCCGUUGCCGCAUGCUUAAGAAACCUUGUUCUGGUGAGACACCUUGCGGUACAUGUAGCAGUGUCGAUAGUGCGAGAUUGUGGAGGCACCCUUGCAUCCGGACUAGGAUUGCAGAAGAGUUUGGUCUAUACUCUGCAGGACUUCACACCGUUUUGGCGUUUCACGCUCUUGGAAAUGUCAAAAGCCAGUUACAGAAGAUUCCGGGUCGGAUGGAGGUCAAACAUAUACCUGAGUCUACGACAUAUGUAACAUUCUUGCCCUUAAAGGGCAAAACCCCAUUAGAUCCUCUUCUCUUUGGUACUACAGUUGACGGUACAGUGGAUACCAGUGAUCCUGCGGCCCUUGACGCAGAUACUGACGACCUUGCGGGCAAGAUGGAACAAUACAUCCGCAAACUUGCCCAGACUUAUCACCAAACUGAAAGCUCUGGGUUCAUGCAGAUCACUUUGUCAACUCUAGCCGGGUUUGGCACGGAUCUUAAGGAUGACGUUAUAAUGGAUGAUCUUAUAAUGAGGUCCCUUGAAUUGUGGGUCGCAACGACAAUUCUCGCAAAUCGAAACAUUACAUGGCAGAUAUCACUGAAUGCAUCGACUCCAGCCUGCGCCAACCUUGUUGAAAUAACAGACUCUGAUAUCGAGAACGACUCGAAAAUGUCAAUUAAUCGACUCCCUAUCACGCCAGCAGAAGAUCACGAGUCUUACAAAAUAAUUGCGCUUCAAUUACUCGGAGCCACUGAGAAGCGUGCUGCCACACUUUCCAAAUCAAUUAUGAAUGACAUUGAGCGUCGGCUACUCCAGAGGCAGCAAGCAAAGCCUUUUGAAACCUACUUGGUCUCAAUCGUCCUCUUGGCGUGUGUUGAGCGUAUGUGUUGGUACUUCAAAACGUGGGAAAUUACGAGUAAUGAAACAUCUACCGAUACAGCCAGUGUCCCUGCAGACGCGGCAGCUGAGCUCAGAACCACCCUACUGGGGAGCGAACAACAGUUUGUAUCCAAGCAUUGGCCGCUUGACAAGGCUCCUCCCUACUACAGCCAACAGGGAGAGCGUUUCAGUGAUGUGCUGGUAAUGUUACUGCGCAUGCGAGGUGUUCCACCAAAACCAGCUGUACGGCAAUCAGAUGGGGUGAUAAUUCCAGUCGGCGAACAUGUUGACGACGCUGUGCGUGACUGGUUUAAUCGAGUCUCUCUUGGCGCAGCCUGGCUGGAGGAGAGACCUAACGCACGCUUUAUCGGUGAGACUCCGAUUGAAUGGGAAGGGAAAUACUGGUGCAAAGUCAUCAACGCGAUACUGGUUCGAUGA